UACAGUCUAAGCCUUCGUGAGUCACAAAAUGCACAGACAAUGUUGUUUGCCAUUGAGGAAAUCAACAACAGAACCGAUAUUCUUCCUGGGAUCACACUGGGUUAUAAAAUCUAUGAUUCCUGUGGAUCUUUAGAAAUGGCCACACGAGCCUCACUAUCAUUAAUUAAUGGAAAUGAGGAAAAUACUGUAAUGUCUUGCUCUAAACCUGACAGAGUUCAAGCAAUCAUAGGACAAACAUCCUCCACCCCCACUAUUGCUAUUGCUGCUACCAUAGGACCAUUUCAUAUACCUGUGGUCAGUCAUUUUGCAACAUGUGCAUGCCUUAGUGACAGGAAGAAAUACCCAUCUUUUUUUAGAACAGUUCCCAGUGAUUACUACCAGAGUAGAGCUUUGGCUAAGUUGGUCAAGCAUUUUGGCUGGACAUGGGUAGGGGCCAUAUGCAGCGAUAAUGACUAUGGGAACAAUGGCAUCAAUGAAUUUAUUAUUGCAGCUAAAGAAGAAGGAAUAUGUGUUGAAUAUUCCAGAGCAAUUUUUAAAACAGAUCCCAAAGAAAAAAUUCUAAAGGUAGUUGAAACUAUCAAAGCUUCAACCUCUAAGGUUAUUGUAGCGUUUGUCGCAUAUACUGACAUUGGGGUUCUUCUAAAGGAAAUGGCCUUACAGAACUUGACUGGGUUUCAGUGGAUUGGAAGUGAGUCCUGGAUUUCUAAUACAAACCCAGCAAAUGUUCAAUGGCAGCAUCUUUUGAAAGGGUCUGUGGGUUUUGCUAUGCCAAAAGCUCAAAUAAAAGGCCUUGGAGAAUUUUUAACCAAGCUUAAUUCAGCUUCUGAUGUGUUUUUUUACAAAGAGUUGUGGGAGACAAUAUUCAACUGUAAGCUUCUGACUCAAGAAAAUGCUGAUAUAAAACAAAGGUGCAAGAGCAAUGAAAGUCUGAAUCAAGUUGUAAACCUUUAUACAGAUGUUUCAGAGUUACGGAUUGCAAAUAAUAUUUACAAGGCUGUGUAUGCUGUGGCUUAUGCUCUGCACAAAAGAUAUGGUUGUUUAAAAAAGGGCAGUGAACAAGAAGGUCCUGUGUGCACAAACAUAUCGGAUAAUAACCCAUGGCAAGUAGUAAAUGAGUUGACAAAAAUUCAUUUCACCACUAGAAGUGGAGAGGAUGUAUAUUUGGAUAAAAAUGGAGAUCCAGCAGCCAGGUAUGAAGUGCUGAACUGGCAACAAGGCAAAAAUGGUGAAAUAGUACUUGUUAAAGUGGGUUUCUAUGAUGGCUCUUUGCAAACACACCUUGAACUGUCAUUUAAUAACAUCACCAUAGCCUGGGCCAACAACAAAUCACAGGUGCCAAUCUCAGUGUGUAGUCAAAGUUGCUUCCCUGGCACCAGAAAAGCUGUGCAGAAAGGAAGACCAAUCUGCUGCUUUGACUGCAUACCAUGUGCAGAGGGAGAAAUCAGCAAUAUAACAGACUCUAUAACUUGUGUUAAGUGCCCAGCUGAAUUGUGGUCUAAUCACAGGAAAGAUGCUUGUGUCGCAAAGCUGGUGGAAUUCCUGUCAUUUGAGGAAAUAAUGGGAAUAAUGUUUGUAUCAUUUGCUUUGUUAGGAGUAUCAUUCACUGUCUGCAUUACUGUAAUUUUCUUUAAACACAAGGACACACCAAUUGUUAGAGCAAAUAAUUCUGAACUGAGCUUUUUGCUUCUCUUUUCCCUGACCCUGUGUUUCCUCUGUUCACUUACAUUUAUUGGUCAGCCCUCUGCAUGGUCCUGUAUGCUGCGCCACACAGCAUUUGGAAUAACCUUUGUCCUUUGCAUCUCCUGUGUUCUGGGAAAAACAGUAGUCGUGUUAAUGGCCUUCAGGGCUACACUUCCAGGCAGUAAUGUCAUGAAAUGGUUUGGUCCUCUACAACAGAGACUUAAUGUCCUUGCUUUCACUCUAGUUCAGGUCAUUAUUUGUGUACUGUGGUUAAUAAUAUCCCCUCCCUUUCCCUACAAAAAUAUGAAAUACUACAAGGAAAAGAUCAUAUUAGAAUGUAAUGUAGGAUCAGCUGUAGGUUUCUGGGCUGUGUUGGGUUAUAUAGGAUUCCUGGCUGUUUUGUGUUUUAUUUUGGCUUUUCUGGCACGGAAGCUGCCUGAUAAUUUUAAUGAAGCCAAAUUCAUCACAUUUAGCAUGCUCAUAUUCUGUGCAGUUUGGAUAACCUUCAUCCCCGCUUAUGUUAGUUCUCCUGGAAAAUUUACUGUAGCUGUAGAGAUUUUUGCAAUUUUAGCAUCAAGUUUUGCUUUACUCUUUUGCAUUUUUCUUCCAAAGUGCUAUAUCAUCAUACUGAAAUCAGAGAAAAACACUAAAAAGCUAAUAAUGGGUAAAGCACCUGCUAAAUGA